ACGGCCUUCGGCGACAAUAAGGCCGUGAUGCUGUCCUCGUUUAUUAUCUCGUACUCGUGGCCUCGAAGCUCAGAUAGUGGCGUGGCCUCAAAGCUUAGUACUCGGACGCAGAGGUGGGAUCCCUGGUGAGAGGAAGAAGAAUGGGUUUGGUGGCCAAGGAUGACAGGGAGGAAGUCAUAGAGGCAUGGUACAUGGAUGAUAGUGAUGAAGACCAGAGACUCCCCCAUCAUCGGGAACCUAAGCAAUAUGUAUCUCUAGACCAGCUUUCAGACCUUGGAGUUCUAAGCUGGCGGUUGGAUGCUGAUAACUAUGAAACAGAUGAGAAAUUGAAGAAAAUUCGUGAGGAACGUGGAUAUUCCUACAUGGACUUCUGUGAGGUUUGCCCAGAAAAACUACCAAAUUAUGAAGAGAAAAUAAAAAGCUUUUUCGAGGAGCAUCUUCAUACUGACGAAGAGAUCCGUUACUGUGUAGCAGGAAGUGGUUAUUUUGAUGUGAGAGAUCGAGAUGAUGCUUGGAUCCGUGUCUGGGUAAAGAAAGGGGGAAUGAUUGUACUGCCUGCUGGAAUUUAUCACCGCUUCACACUUGACACAAGCAACUAUAUAAAGGCCAUGCGCCUGUUUGUUGGGGACCCAAUUUGGACUCCUUACAAUCGUCCACAUGAUCACCUCCCUGCAAGGGAAGACUAUAUCAGAAAUUUUGCGCAGAAGGAAGCUGCCAGUUCUGCCGUUGACGCUAAUUUGUACAAAGCUGCAUUCUUUUCUAUUAAGUCUGCAGGUCCACAAGGCUUCACAAACCUUAUAGAUAUCCUCCUCAUUCUCUUAUCUAUCUCCACCAUGAAUCCUCCAGGCUUUGUGAAAGAGGAGUUUCCAGGCUGUUCGGAUCGCGAUGAGCCGGCAGAGUCCAUGGAAGUUCCCAGACCAAUGGAUGGAUUAUAUGAGUCAGGCCCUCCACCUUUCCUCACCAAAACUUAUGACCUUGUGGAUAACCCCAGCACUGAUCAUAUGAUUUCUUGGAGCAAAGGUAACAAUAGUUUCAUUGUUUGGGAUCCCCAGGCUUUUGCCAUGGAACUUCUUCCCAGAUUCUUCAAGCACAACAAUUUCUCAAGCUUCGUUAGGCAACUCAACACUUACGGUUUUAGGAAGGUUGAUCCAGAUAGAUGGGAGUUUGCUAAUGACGGGUUUUUAAGAGGACAAAUGCAUCUCCUGAGAAACAUUCGGAGAAGAAAAACAGCUUCUCAUCAAUCUCAGGCAUCCCAGCAGGGUCCAGACCCUUGUGUUCUUGAAGUGGGUAAGUUCGGAUUAGAUGCCGAAAUCGAUCGGUUAAGGCGGGACAAGCAGAUUAUAAUGGUGGAGCUGGUGAAACUCAGGCAGCAGCAGCAGAAUACCAGAGCCUAUCUCAAAGAUAUGGAGGAAAAGCUAAGCGGGACAGAAACAAAACAGCGGCAGAUGAUGAGCUUCUUGGCGAAAUCAAUUCAGAAUCCCUGUUUUGUGGAGCAGCUGAUCCAAAGGGACAGAAGAAAAGAGUUGGAGGAAGCAAUUAGCAAGAAGAGGAGGAGGUCAAUUGAUCGAGGGCCCAGCAAUGUUAUCGGAGGAGGAAUUUGCGGUAGUCUUGUUAAAAUGGAGCCUCAAGACUACAGUGACAUUUCUGGUUUCAGCGAUUUGGAGCUGGAGCAACUUGCAGGAGAUCUAGACAUUCAAGGACUAAGCGAGAACUUUGAGGAAGAAGAUGAAGGGAACAAAUUAGGUGGAGAGGGUAGUGAAGAUAAAGCUCUGGACACAAAGUUCUGGGAAGAGUUAUGGAAUGAAGAAGAUAUUGGUUUGUUGGGUGAUGAAGGAGAAGAUGGAGAAGAAGAUGCAAAUGUGUUGGCUGAGCAGCUUGGGUUUUUAGGUUCCAGCCCAAAAUAAUUAGGAGUCUUGGUUUCUACUUACACUUCUUUACCUUAAUUUCUGCUGCUAUGUAAGACUGUCCAAUUAUUGUUUCUAGUUGCCCCAUUUUAGUUUGGUUCUUUAUGAUGUGCUUUUGCUUUUUAAAGCGUUAAUUAACUUAAAAGAGUUCUCACUCAAGAAGAAGCAUUCUUUGCAGACUCCAUUUUCACUGUAUCCUUCGAGCAUUAAUGUUUUCACAAGGAAAUCUAGUAAUGAUUCCUUCAGUUAUA